UGAUUCAGAGGCUUCGGUGGAACCGGACGCCUCUAUGAUCGACAUCGUCUCUCUGACUGAAGAAGACCUCCCCACUGUUGAAACCCCCACCACAGCCAACGUCAGCCCCCUGGGGAGCUACAUCGCUUCCCCCCAGCAGGAAGAACGUCCUGUGAGCCCUGAAGAGCCCGAGGUUCCAGCUGCACCCAGCCCAGGCAUGCCGAUCACCAAGGUGCAGCCCUUCAUGAGUGAAGAUGAUUUGGAGGUGAGCUGGAAGAGCAAACUGCUGUCGCAUCACAUCGAGCUGCUCUUCACGUCAGUCGUGUUGCUGGUCUUCAUUCUGGUGCUGGGCAUCGGCCUUGGAGUUGGUCUGACCUGUGAGGGGAAGUUUCAUUGCGGCUCAACGUCUCAGUGCAUCAACGUGUUUGAUCAGUGUGAUGGCAAGGUGGACUGUGAGCAUGGCGAGGAUGAGCUCGGCUGUGUGCGUCUGAGUGGGAAGAGCUCGGUGCUGCAGGUUCAGACUGCAGGGAUCUGGAGGACAGUCUGUUCUGAGGACUGGAACAACAUGUUGGGCAUCUCUGCCUGCAGACAGCUGGGAUACUCCAGCUAUGUGGAGUCCCUCUACAUCCCUUUGACCUCCAUUGAACAAGAACUCCAGCUUAACCUUGUGUCCAUCAACAUGGCCCAGUCAGGGAUCGUUAAACUGCAGAACACCACAAACCUCAGUAAGAUGUACUGCAACACGAGGAAGGUGACCACGCUGAAAUGUGUGGACUGUGGCUCACGCCCUCAGUACCAGACCCGCAUAGUUGGAGGAAAUGUCUCUGCGGCGGGUCAGUUUCCGUGGCAGGUCAGCCUUCACUUUAGCGAUGCACACCGGUGUGGAGGCUCCAUCAUAACGCCACGCUGGAUUCUCACCGCCGCGCACUGCGUCUUCAACCUUGCAGAGACCUCACUGUGGACGGUGAACGUGGGGCUGACCAAGCAGCCGCUUGACGGAGCGCGGUCUUUGGCUGUGGACCAGAUUAUAUACCAUGAAGGCUACGGACGCUCGGGAAUGGACUAUGACAUUGCUCUGAUGAAACUGAAGGAGCCGCUCAUUUUCAAUGGUUUUGUGCAGCCCAUCUGCUUACCUAACUUUGGGGAGGAGUUUGAGGAGGGCACCAUGUGUUGGAUCUCCGGUUGGGGAGCAACAGAAGAUGGAGGCGAGACCAGUCUGGUUCUGCAUUCAGCCACAGUGCCACUUCUGUCCACCAAAACCUGUAACCAGGCAGGAGUUUACCACGGCUUCAUCACCUCCUGGAUGAUCUGUGCCGGAUACCUGGAGGGAGGCAUCGACUCCUGUCAGGGAGACAGCGGCGGUGCUCUUGCCUGCGAGGUCUCGUCUGUGUGGAAGCUGGUUGGGGCGACCAGCUGGGGAACGGGCUGCGCCGUGAAGAACAAGCCGGGCGUUUACACCCGCAUCACAAAGUCACUCACCUGGAUCCGCCAGCAGCUGGAGAGAGAUGCAGCUCGCAGUCUGACAGGCGUCAGCAUCAAACAGCUGACUCAGCUGCAGUGACGGCGUUCUGGAUUCUGUUCUUUCAGGAGCUUCGACUGGACGGUUGGACAGGAAACGACAGCACGCCCAACCGGCUAGACGUUGUGCGAGACAACAACCUGCUGGAUUUGUAGUCACGACAAAUGAAUCGAGCAUUUUUUUCUGUAUUUGAAUUGUUUUGGCUCAGAACCACCCCAGUGCCGGUCCAGGGCCAAACCGAGGAAGCAAAAUGAACAGACGUUCUGAAGACAGAGAGUUAGGCAUCAUUUAUUCCAAAAUAGAAAGCUCUAAGGCAAAACAGACAAAAGUGGACAACGGUUCAGAAAAGCAAGACAGCCGCAAGUGAGCAACAGAGAGCUGAGCCGGAGCCCACCCCACAUCACGUCACGGUACGCAUCUCUACAGCAGGGACGCGGACAGAACCCGGCCUGCUUCCCAACGGCUCUCUGGUUUCUUUGCAGUAGCAUGUACGUGUACAUAAAUAAAAACUUAAUGCGUGCAAAGAGUC